ACACCACCACACCACCACCGUCACCACCACAGUCACAACCACAUCCGUCACUAACCACCACCACAACCACAAACCUCCAGCACAGUCACCAUCGUCAGCGUCGGACCACCAGGAUGCAAACUCUGGCUAAUCUCCGGUACGCCGCCUUGAUCUCCACCGUAUCGGCUCCGAUUUGUAUUCCGAGCACAUCAUAGAGUCAAGAUUGAUUAGGGUUCUUCAGAAAUCUUCAAAAGUUUCAAUCUUUUAGGUCAGGAAUAAUGGCGGAUAAACUCGUAUUGAACCAGUCUCGUUAUCAGCAAUAAUGGCGGAUGCUUCCAGUGACGUUAACGACAUUGAAAAGCUCUACGUUUACGGCAAACGACUCAGCGAAGCCAAAGACAAGUCUCAGAAUGUGGAGGAUUACAAUAGUAUCAUUAAGGCUGCAAAAAGUCGGAGUGUAAAGGCGAGGCAGUUAGCCGCUCAAUUGAUUCCGAGGUUUUUCAAGUUCUUCCCUGGGUUGUCAGGACCUGCAGUUGAUGCUCAUUUGGAUUUGUGUGAAGCAGAAGUGCUUGGGGUUAGUACUUUUGUUUAUAAAGUUGAAUUAGGAGUUGUUGUUAAUCGGUGGAUAAAGUAACAAUUUAGUAAUUUACAAUACUUUACAAGAGUAACCUGUGUAUUUGAUGAAUUACAGAAUUGAAACACUAAUAUGGAUAGUGGUGAUCUAGUACAUAGAGUUGGUGUUCGUUUGUAUAAGAACUCACGAUAGUGUGAAGGAUGUCGUGGGGAUGGUGGUGGUGCAGUGGUGUUAAUGGUGAUGGUAGGGGUAGAGAGAAAGAGAUGAGGGAUGGACAGGUGUGUGAAGGUGUGUAUAACAAUAUAUACAAU